AUGUUUCCGGCACAAGAAAAACCUACUAUAAAACAGUUGAUUGAUCAACAGACACGAAACUUCACUACUUUAAAACGUCAUUGUAAUUCUGCAAAAGAAGCUGUCAGAACUACAUCUGACAUAACCUUAGGUGCAUUGAACCAUCGUUUGAGACUCAUUUCACAAAUCUGGGAUUUGUCUGUUAAUAUUGAGGAGCAAAUUCAGAAGUCGAAGAAGGAUGAGGAUGAUCCAUAUUUUAUUGAAGGAAAAUUUGAGACUGCAGAGGAAUACUUUUUGAAGUUCAGCGAUUACAUUAUGACGGAUGUUGCUCGUAUGGAAAGAGAGGUCAAAGCUUCGACGAUUCAACAGCAAUCAACGCCUUCAACUUCUACUACUUGCUAUCAAUCAACACCGCUUCCUAAAAUCACAAUUCCGAAAUUCUCUGCAUGGGAUCGUUUGCGUAGUAGAUAUGAAAAUCCUCGUGCUAGUGACAUAUUGGUUUAUUAUGUUUCUCAAAUGUUAGAUACAAAUACUCGAUUAGCCUGGGAAUUAAAAUUAGGAAAUUCUAUUGACUAUCCGCAUUUUUCUACGCUUUUAAAUUUUUUAGAUUCUCGCAUAAGAGCAAUGGAAGCUGUUGAAAAAGGCGAUGAAAAUAAAAUAAAACCUGUCAUUGUUCAAACAUCCAACUCCGAAUUAUGUCAAUUCUCAGAUGUCGCUGAAGUUGCUCAUUCAAAUAUGGCGGCACCGGGAGCGUUGAGUUCCCACCGUGUUCUUCUUGCAACUGCUCAAGUAAUUUUAUCGUCUAGUUCGGGUCGUUCAAUAAAAGUACGCGCGCUAUUGGAUCAGGGAUCCAUUUGGACAUUAAUUACCGAAGAACUUGCUCACGCUUUAAAUAUCGUUCCGGAUCGAGCUGACAUUCGUUUGACGGGUAUCAAUAACGUUCAGGCUGGGUGUUCGCAAGGCAUUGCUCCGGUGACAAUUUGCUCAUCGAAAAAUAAAAAUUUUCUCGUAAAAUCUAACGCUUUAAUUUUGAAACAAAUUACGAAUUACGUUCCUUCGGCGGAUAUUGAAAUUUUACAACAACCUCAUUUGCAGGGUCUUGAUUUUGCUGAUGACGAAUUGGUCAACGCGCAACCUAUUCAAAUUUUAAUUGGGGCUGAUUUGUAUGGAAUGAUUAUGCGAAAUGGGCUUAAAAAAGGGGGAAAUAAUCAACCGGUAGCACAAAAUACCAUUUUUGGGUGGAUUUUAUCGGGAAAUUUUGGUAGUAAUAAUAAUUCAAACGAAUUAAUUUGUUUUAGAAAAUCGGACUUUGCAGGUUUUUGUGCUUCAAACUCGGAUAUUGGCGAAUCGCUCCAACGAUUUUGGGAAAUUGAAGAAAUUCCUCGUGCUUCAAAAGUUACGUUAUCAGAACAAGAAUGUGAAUUAUAUUUUGAAAAUACCCACUCCCGCGAAGUGGACGGUCGAUACAAGGUUAGAUAUCCUUCUAAAUCAGGCACACCCAUCGAUAUUGGUAAUUCGCUUCAAUAUGCUGAAAAGGCGUUAUUAAAUCUAAGAAAAACAUUAAGCAAGUCCCCGAAAAUCAUGUCCCAGUAUACUGAUUUUUUCGUCGAUUAUGAGAAGAAGGGUCAUAUGAGUCGUAUUGAUGAAAAGCCGAAAGAUGAGUCACAGGUAGUAUAUAUACCACAUCAUCCGAUCAUUCGCGAAUCAAGUUCGACAACAAAAGUUCGUGGCGUUUUUAAUGCAUCGAAAAAAACGUCCAAUCUUAUAAGCUUAAACGAUCACAUGCAUAUUGGGGAAAGAUUGCAAGGUAACAUUUUUAAAAUCACUCUAUUGUGGAGAACUUAUCGUUUCGUAUACGUUUCUGAUAUUGCCCAAAUGUACAGGCAAAUUUUGAUUGAUGAGAGAGAUCGAGAUUAUCAGAGGAUUUUGUGGUUUUCAACUUCAUUAUCAAAUCCAAUUCAAUUUCGUUUGAACACUGUUACUUACGGAACCACUGCAGCCCCUUUUUUAGAUCUUCGUGUCCUAAAACAACUCGUUAAAGACGAGGGUGAUUCGUUCCCAUUGGCCUCAUUCGUUUUAGAGCAUCAAAUUUAUAUCGAUGAUUGUAUUUUUGGUGCUGACUCCAAAGAAAGAAUCAAAGAAACUAGAGACGAAGUAAUUUCUCUUCUCGCGAAAGGAAAAUUUCAUUUAAGAAAAUGGGCAAGUAAUUGUUCAACCUUGCUUGAGGACAUUGAUUUAUCUGAUCACGGCCAUGCCGUUGAAAAAUCACUGAUUGACGAAACAUCUUUAAAAAUUCUUGGGAUCGUAUGGGUACCUACUCUUGAUGUUUAUCGAUUUAAAAUUAAUUUAAUUGAAAAUAGCAAAAUUACGAAAAGAUCGGUUUUAUCAUUGAUUGCUCGUCUUUAUGAUCCACUUGGGUGGGUUUCUCCAGUGAUUAUCAUUGCUAAAAUCUUAAUUCAAAAAAUGUGGUUAAAAGCAUUGACUUGGGAUGAGCCAUUACCGCAAGAUUUGUCUGAAUUUUGGUUGUCGUAUUAUUCAGAUCUUUCGAAUUUAGAAAAUUUAUCGAUUCCUAGAUGGACAGGUCAGGGAGAAGAGGUGAUUGAGUCAUCUAUUCAUGGUUUUUCAGAUGCCUCGAAUACAGCAUACGCAGCUGUUGUGUAUCUUAGAUUGGUUUUUCAAUCAGGAGGAAUUCAAGUGAGUUUGCUUGCGAGCCGAACAAAACUAGCUCCAACGAAAACUUUAUUAGUCCCUCGUUUAGAGCUUUGUGGUGCACUUUUACUGUCCCAACUUGUAUCAUCAAUAAAAAAUGUUUUCUCAUUUGAAAAUUUGCCAACAGUAUAUUGGACUGACUCGACAAUUGUUUUAGCCUGGUUGAGAAAACAUUCUUCAACGUGGAAAACGUUUGUGGCGAAUCGAGUCGCUGCAAUUCAAUCGGUUGCUCCUGUCGAGUUAUGGAAACAUGUUAAAUCGGAACAGAAUCCAGCUGAUAUUGGAUCACGUGGUGUUCGAGCAUCAGACCUAAUAGAAAAUCAACUCUGGUGGAAGGGUCCCACUUGGUUAAGUGGAGCAGAGGAUUCUUGGCCAGUUGAUCAAGAAAUGCUUAUUUUGGGAACAAAUCUCGAGUCUCGAGAUAAAGUCUGCCAUGUUGGAAUUGAUUCCAACACAUGGUUCGAUAUAUUAAUGACAAAAGUUUCCUCUUGGCCAAAACUAAUUCGAAUUGUCUCGUAUAUUUUGAAAUUUUUAGUUAUUAGAUUGAAAUUUGUUAUUCCUGGUUGUGAAACAGCAGAGAGUAUUUCAAUGGUUAGAUUUUGUCGUGAGAGUCAAAUAGUUUGCACUCAUGACAGAGGCAUUUUACGUGUUGGUAGGAGAUUGUCAAACGCUCCUCUCGAAUUCGAAAGACGUCACCCAGCAAUUUUGAAAAAACAUUCAGUUGUUGAAAAAAUUGUUCGACAUUAUCACGAGAAAUGUCUUCAUGGAUCAACACAGCUUACAUUAAAUUUGGUUAGACAAUCAUUUUGGAUUUUGCGUUCAAAACAAGUAAUCAAGUCUGUUAUUUACAAAUGCGUCAUUUGUGUUCGAUUAAAGGCUAGCUGUGUUUGUUUUGUGACUCGCGCAAUACAUUUAGAAAUCGUAUACGAUUAUUCUUCGGACUCUUUUAUCGCAACUCUCAAACGCUUCGUUGGUCGUCGAGGUUUACCGUCAGUGAUAUAUAGCGACAACGAAACGAAUUUUAAGGGAGCAUAUCGCGAAUUAACAGAAAAUUUUGAGUCGUUUAUACGUUGUCGAGAUGUUCAAGCAUUUCUCAUUAAUGAUCGAAUUCGUUGGGAAUUCAUUCCACCUGCCGCGGCACACUUUGGUGGCAUCUGGGAAUCUGGUGUUCGAAGUGUUAAACACCAUCUUCGACGAAUUUUGCUGGAUCGAACUCCGCAUUAUGAGGAGUUAAAUACCUUAUUGUGUCAAAUCGAAAUGUGUCUUAACUCAAGACCCUUGUGUCCUCUAAGUGACGAUCCUUCAGAUCUACGUGUAUUAACGCCGGGACAUUUUUUGAUAGUAGGAGAGAUUGUUGCUAUACCUGAAAAUUCUUUAUUAGAUUUAAAAGAAUCUCGUCUUUCUCGUUGGCAGCUAUGGCAGCAACUUCUCGAAUCUUUCUGGAAAAUUUGGUCACAAGACUAUUUGUUAUCGUUGCAGCAAAGAAAUAAAUGGAAACAAAAACUGGAAAAUCUUUGCGUUAAUCAAAUGGUUCUUUUAAAACAAGAAAAUCUCCCGCCAACUAAGUGUCAAAUUGGUCGAAUUAUUUCUGUCAAGAAGGGAUCAGAUAAUCUUGUUCGAGUCGCAACUAUUAAAACUGCUUCGGGAACUUAUGUUCGCCCAAUCACAAAGCUAAUUGUACUACCUGUAAAACAUGAAGAUUAA